GAGCCCCAGCCGCAGGGGAUGGAGUUCGUAGCCCUCACCGCCGUGCAGACGGAGAAGAGCGAGGUCCCCGCCGCCGGGGGCAGUCCCAGGCGCCUGGGGCUGUUGGGGACGCCCUUGCCGCUCCCCCCGGGGGGCUCCGGGGCCCGCUCGGCUUCGCACAAGCGCUACCGGCGCCUCCAGAAUUGCCUCUACAACGUGCUGGAAAGACCUCGCGGCUGGGCGUUCAUCUACCACGCCUUCAUAUUUCUGCUGGUCUUCAGUUGUCUGGUCCUGUCUGUGUUUUCAACCAUCCCAGAACAUCAAAAAUUCGCCAACCAAUGUCUCUUCAUCCUGGAAUUUGUCAUGAUUGUGGUUUUCGGGAUGGAAUACAUCAUCCGGGUCUGGUCAGCGGGCUGCUGCUGCCGCUACCGAGGAUGGCAGGGGCGCUUUCGGUUUGCCCGGAAACCCUUCUGUGUCAUAGAUUUCAUCGUCUUCAUUGCCUCGCUGGCAGUCAUCGCUGCCGGCACCCAGGGAAACAUCUUUGCUACCUCGGCCCUGCGCAGUAUGCGCUUCCUGCAGAUCCUGCGCAUGGUCCGCAUGGACCGCCGUGGUGGCACAUGGAAGCUUCUGGGCUCGGUGGUCUAUGCUCACAGCAAGGAGCUGAUCACGGCUUGGUACAUCGGGUUCCUGGUCCUGAUAUUUGCUUCUUUUCUGGUCUACCUGGCGGAGAAAGAUUCUAACACUGAUUUUGCUACAUAUGCAGACUCUCUGUGGUGGGGUACGAUCACGCUCACGACUAUUGGCUACGGAGACAAGACCCCACACACGUGGCUGGGCCGGGUGCUGGCAGCCUGCUUUGCAUUGCUGGGCAUCUCUUUCUUUGCACUGCCUGCUGGGAUUCUGGGCUCAGGGUUUGCUCUUAAAGUCCAAGAGCAACAUCGGCAGAAGCAUUUUGAGAAGAGACGAACUCCAGCAGCCAACUUGAUCCAGGCUGCUUGGCGCCUAUAUUCAACAGAUAUCAGCCGGGCCUACCUGACAGCCACCUGGUGCUAUUACGAUAGCAUCCUUCCAUCGUUCAGAGAGCUGGUUCUUAUGUUUGAGCACAUGCACCGAGCUCGCAACGGAGGGCUCAGGAACUCUGAGGUGAGGAAAUUUCCCGACGGAGCUCCGCCGCCGUAUCACUCCUUCACCUCUGGCACGAAAACCGCCAAUCCUCCUUUUUGCUCGGGGGAAAGCUGGAAAGAAGAGGAAGCUCCACCUCACAAGUGUUUACGCCUAAGCAAUAAAAUGGGCAUCAAGGACCGCAUCCGCCUGAACAAUUCCCAGAGGCAGGGCAGCCGGGGGAAGCAGCAGCAUCUGGUCCCACCCCUCCGCCGCUCCCCCAGCACUGAGAACGUCCAUGAGGCUGUAAGCCCCACCAAGGUGCAGAAGAGCUGGAGCUUCAAUGACAGGACAAGGUUCCGGGCCUCAUUGAGGCUGAAGCCCCGGACCCCGGUGGAGGUUGAUGGCCCUGCAGAGGACAGCAGUGAGGAGAAGGGCUACCAGUGUGAUUUGACCUUUGAGGACAUUAUGCCUGCUGUGAAGACCCUGAUCAGGGCUGUCAGGAUCCUCAAGUUUUUGGUGGCCAAAAGGAAGUUCAAGGAGACGCUGCGGCCGUAUGAUGUCAAGGAUGUUAUUGAGCAGUACUCUGCUGGCCACUUGGACAUGCUUGGCAGGAUCAAAAGUCUCCAGACACGUGUGGACCAGAUCGUGGGGCGGGGCGCCAUUGCAUUUGACAAAAAGACACGUGAGAAAGGGGAGAAGGCAUCUCUGGAGGUUGAACUGGUGGACGAGCUCAGUAUGAUGGGCCGGGUUGUCAAAGUGGAGAAGCAGGUGCAGUCUAUCGAGCAUAAACUGGAUUUACUACUGGGCGUUUACUCACAGUGCUUGCGGAAGGGCUCCAUGAACUCCUUCAGCCUGGCGUCCAUGCCGAUCCCUGCUGGCGAUCCUGACAUAACAUCUGAUUACCACAGCCCCGCAGACCACGAGGACAUCUCCGUCUCGGCUCAGACCCUGAACAUCUCCCGGUCUGCUAGUGCCAAUAUGGACUAAGGUGCAGCACCCCGGUCCAGGCAUUUAGUAGUCACACACCCGCUGUAGCGGGGAGGGGGAGGCAGAGAGAAGGGCACUUGUCUGCUUCCAGGACAGAAAGGAAAGGGAGGCAGACUUCUGAUGACCCCUCGUAACAGGUGAUGUCCUCGGGCACACCCAGUCCUCUUUCAGCCUUGCUGUGAUGGUGGGACUUGCAUGGAGACACUUCUCCCAAAGCCUCAAUGAUUGCCUCAACUUUACUUGAAGUCUUCCUGUUGUGGGCAAAGCCACAAGCAUGGGACGUCCCAAAGAAUGGCCUGGAUGCUGCCUCCAGUGGAGUCGUUGCAGCGUCAUCGUGGCUCUUAAAUUGAAUCCUUCAAGGUGGCACCCACCAGUUGUAUCUCUGGGUGGGGAGGAUUAUGCUAACCUUGAAGGCAGUCCUUUCUGCAGAGAAAAAGCCAUGCUAGCCUGAAACAAAUUGCAGAGGGGAGUCCAUUUGCUCCCCUUUUGCCUUCCAUGAGUAUCGAUUCCUGUUCCUUGGCAAGCAUCUCCAGGUAUGGUGGAAGCUUCCAGCUUUUUAGGGGUUCAGCAACGAGCUCCCAGAGCUUCUUGGGAUGCGGGGGGGUCUUGGCCCCAGAGUGUGAGUAAUGAUCCUCUCUCCAAGCAAGUGAUACAGGUGGUUCCGCCUGCUCAACCACAUGACAGCCACUGACUUUGGAUGUCUUACUUUCUAGGAAACCAGGUUGGAGACUCUUUAUUAACAGCUAUGCAAACGCUUAGAUACCGCCCCCCCCUUUUUUUUUUCCUCCAGGGACAUUGCAACUUGGACUGAAUGUGGUCUCUUGUCUUUGUGUCUAGCAGAAAAUAACUGGCACUGCCUGACCCUGCUCUCUGCAACCUUUAAGCACCUUUGCAACUCCUCAAUAAUCUCUUCCCAGGUAGAGGGCAUGGCUCUUUGGCCCAUAUAUUAUAAGCACAGCGGAGCCUCCUACACAGCGGAUGUGCUUCCCGGGGCAGGGCAGGGCAGGGGUACCGUUUAUAUGCAACAAACUUGAAUAUGCAACCUGAAACAACCAAUCCUUACAAUGGACCAGGAACGCCUUUCGGCCUUGGGGGUCUCCAUGGCACUCUAUGCUUGCUUGAGGGAACGAAUUCCAUUGCUAGCAAUCUGUACAGGGUGCUACAUCUCGCUUUGGGCCAGGGGAUGAGCCAUGCCGAGCAGAGGUGUCUGCCUUAUUUCCAAUAGCACGGGGAUAUAAAGUGGCGUCUGAUUGUGUUGUGGGUGCCUUGAUUGAGAAAUUUUAGGGUGCUCUCUUGCUUGACCACUUACGUGAUUCCCCCUUUUAUGUCAGCAGAUGAAGGCUUGAUAGAGCUCUCCUUUUGUUUUUCUGGAGAGACCUCUCACCUUCUGCUGCCCUUCUCUUUGGAAAACUUGUUUCAUAACCCCAUUGCUCCUAUCCUGAUGCUGCAUCCCAAAAACCUGCUUUCAUCCUAAAUCAUUCCUCUUUCAUUGUUUCUUAUCUUCCAUUGGAGUAGCCUCUGCUGGAGACUUGACCCCAAGUGCUUUCCCGCGAAAGGCUUGGGAGUUUGCGCAUCAGACUGACAUUUGAGGUUUUCAUAUUUUGAAAGUGCACACCCAGCAGGUGUGUUGGAACAAGCACAUCACGAUCACCAAUGAACCAGCUCCUCGCUGAGCUCAUGCUCAGAGUCUACCCCCCUGUCUCAUCUGGAAAGGUUCUUUGAGCCAGUCAUUGGGGGUUCGGCAGUGGAUCUCUGGAACGGCUUCUGGGUCCUGCCGCUGAGCACCACGGAAGGGAAUGGUGGUGCUUGUGCCACAGCAGUUCUGGUGCACAGCUGCGGCAUAUUCCAGGUGCACAGCCACUGAACAGAUAGUGAAACCUGGAGCUGGCAAGGGAUGCCAUGACAUGUGCCCCCAUCCAUUCUGGUCACUGUGUGCCAGCCUGACGCCUCGUUUGCAUCCCGCAAUAAGAAUGCCACAGCCCCUUUCCCCUUCAGUUGCCCCCAGAGACAGGAAUUGGGAAACUCCAAGCCAUGGUUUGGUGGGGGAGGGGGAGGUUUCCCUGCCCUUGCUGGCUUCUGAUUUCCCUUAUGUGCUUUCUUGUUAGACCAACCUACAGCUCAAAAGACUUUUUCUACUCCCCUCCCCCUUUUUGCCAGACUCCAUGGAGCUGCCUGACUCCCAUGUCCUUUUUCUUGCACACUAAUUGGAUAGACAUUUGUUUUUAAACAAGUAAAACCCUUUCCCUCCUCCAUUGUGUCCUUCCACAUCGUUCACUCCCACUGCUUCUUGGGAAAAUGGAAAGGGCUUCCCUUUCUUGCUUCUUGCAGCUAGCUCUGCCCACAUUGAGGUGGUUGGAUUAUUCAAAAAGAAAAGCCCCAGAGUCAGAUUUGGGGGAAAGACCCUGCAUUCAUUCCACACUUCCGUAGGGUGCAUGCCACCAGCUGCUCUCGCCCCAAUGCACACCCCUCCCCGUGCAUGCUCAUGCAUGUGUCUUGAGGAAAAUGGCUACAGCGGUUCCUGAACUUUUCCUUCACAUACGACUCCACCCCCCCUUUCCCCAAUGCACUGAGCACAGCAUCCUUGGAGAGCACAUCCCGUCUUCCAUCCAAGACACGUCUCCAAAGGAGGGGGGGAGAAGUGUGGGGGGAAAGAGGGAAGCAGGGAAUGGCUUUGAUCAACCAAGCAAAAUGAGGUGGACUCUGGCGGAUUUCCAAAUAAACCUUGUUCUGAGACGAUGAAUAGUUACCUCACUUGAUUUAACUUAUUAACUUAUUUGUUUCAUUAAAGUUUUCAAUAGAC